CUCAGGAUGAUUUCCCUGACCGAAUGGCUGUUGUUUAUCAUAACUUUACUCUUCGGUUUAUACGUUUGGUCAAAAUAUAAAUUAUCAUAUUGGCGAAGGAAAAAUGUUCCCUUCAUCGAACCAAACAUUUUCUUGGGAAGUCUUCAAGAUAUGUUAAAAAUGUCCAAGAGCGGUGCUGAGAAUUUACAAGACCUCUACAAUCACACAAAUGCCAAGGAUCAGCCUAUCCUCGGAAUUUACAUUUUAAAUAAGCCCGUUUUGUUGGUUCGUGAACCGGAAUUGAUAAAAUCAAUAUUGAUAAAGAAUUUUAAUAAAUUCUCAAAUCGUUAUUCUUCGACUGAUGUUAAAGGUGAUCCUUUGGGAUCGAGUACUUUGUUCUUCAUCAAAAAUCCACAUUGGAAGGAAUUGCGUUCGAAGUUGACGCCUGUGUUUUCAAGUGGAAAAAUCAAGCAAAUGUUUCCACUUAUUCUUGACGUUGGCAACGAGCUGGAUGAGCAUCUUUUGGCUUUAGAAGCUGAUCAGGAUAAAAGCUUUGUUGAAGAGGUUAAGGAAAUCUGCGCCCUCUAUACCACAGAUGUGAUAGCAUCGGUGGCAUUUGGUAUACAAGCGAAUUGUCUUAACAAUCCCGAGUGUGAGUUUCGACGAAACGGUAGAAGUAUCUUUAACUUCACUCUACACAGGGCUCUUCAAUUUACUUUUGCCUUCUUUAUACCCUAUCUGACACCACUUGUUCGAUGCAGGAUCUUCCCAAAAGAAGCUGAAAAAUUCAUUCGAAAAUCCAUUAACUUUGUCAUGAGUGAAAGAAUGAAGAACGGUAAUAGCCGCAAUGAUUUAAUAGACGUUUUGAUAGCUUUCAAAAAAGCAGCUGAGGAUAGAAAUGACAUGAGCAGUGCCUUGGCAAUGAAUAACGAAAUUUUAGUAGCACAGGCUGCUAUCUUUUUUGUUGCUGGUUAUGAGACUUCUUCGGCGACAAUGUCAUUCUGUUUGUACGAAUUGGCAAAGAAUUCUGAAAUUCAGAAGAGAUUGCGUGAAGAGAUCAAAGGUGCUUUGAAGGCGAAUGAUGGCAAGUUAACUUAUGAAGCUGUCAAUGAAAUGGAUUAUCUGAAUAUGGUGGUCAUGGAGGUUUUGAGAAUGUAUCCACCACUUCCGUUCUUGGAUCGACAAUGUACUUUGGCGAAAGAUGAGAAGGAAUUCUCCUUGGAACCUGAAUCUAACUUUGCUAUACCCAAUAAUAUGCCUGUGUUCAUUCCGACUUUUGGCAUCCAAAGAGAUCCUAAGUACUUCCCGAAUCCCGAACAAUUUGAUCCUGAAAGAUUUUCCCUAGAGAACAAAGCAAACCUUCAUCCUUAUACUUAUAUGCCAUUCGGUUUAGGACCACACAAUUGUAUUGGAGAACGUUUUGGACUUGUGCAAGCUAAAGUCGGUCUAAUCCAUAUUCUCAAAAAUCAUUAUGUUGACGUUUGUGAUAAAUCGCACAGUAAAAUGAAACUCGAUCCCAAGGCUUUAGUUAUUCAAUCAGAAGGUGGUAUAUUUUGUAAGUUUGUCCGAGAUCCCUUAAUCUAGAUUCUUAA